AUGAGCCAAGUCCGCGCCCAGUUCUACUCCCGCGGGAGUCGACGAGACGGCGAUGGGCCGGCAGGUGGGCGAGCAGCAGGCGGCGGGGCAGCGGUCGGUAUCGCAGUAGGAAGAGGUGCGGCGGCGGCGGCGGCCGCCGGUAGGGCCAGCAGCGGUGGCGGGGGCGGGGGCGGCGCCAUCACGGAGGGCCAAGAGGAGGCCCCGGAGCAGAACGCCGUAGCCGCCGCCGCCGCCGCCGCCGCCGCUCCGGCUGACCCGGUAAUGGCGCUGCUGUCGUCGAUAAUGUCCCUCCUGUGCGCGUCGGGGGACGAGGGAGGCAUGGUGGGGAGGACGCCGAGGAGACGCAACGGAGGGGGGGGACGAGGAGGCGGCGGGGUGCUCUCAGUUGAGGGUUUCUCCGACUUGCAGCUGGAGGCGGUCGGGCUCCUCCUGGUGCUCCUGGGAACACAGGCGUACGGGCCGCCGCCGCCGACUUGGGGCUCGUCGCCCGGCCGAGCAACGAAUAGCGGUGGACAACAAGGUGCUAGCGCUGCCGACAACGUCUUUCUGGACGCCCUUCUGAGGGAGGCGUCGUCGAGCGGCGGCGGCGGCGGCGGCGGCGGCGGCGGCGGCGGCCGGCCCCACGGCUGGGGCUGCGCUCUCCCGCGCGCCGUCCUGGGGUGGUUCGUCCGGAGACCCGCGGCGCCCCCCGGAUCGGCG